AUGGCGAGCACCAAUUCGCCGUCUCGCCAGGCCAGUCCGGCUGCAGCUGCACCGGUAUCCGCGCCGGCAGCAUCAUCAUCAGCAUCAGCGUCGGCGUCGGCGUCAGCUCCAGCAUCUUCAUCUACACCUGAACGAGCUCCGUCGAAAGCUGUCGAGUCGCAGAUCGAGUCUCGUUCUACGCCGAAACUACAAGCACAGCCCGAGGUAUUGUCGAUAGCGACGACAGACGACGAUAGAGGCGCGUUUGAGCCCGAGAAGGAAACACAUCUCGACAAGCCUGAUGGAGGCUACUACGCUGGCUCGAGGAAGGAUUUUCCGCUUCCUGCCUCCCGAUAUCCGCUUCCGAGGACAAGUGUGAAGCGUCUCUCAGAGCCGGAGCCAGGAACAAAGGGCGGAAGACAGAGACAUUAUACAGACGACCCCAACUAUCCGCUACAGGGGUUUUGGACAGAGUCGGGUAGCUGGGAAGACUGGCCACCGAAGAGCAGUACUCCUGGUCCGGACGGGAAAGAAAAAGAACAGCAUAGCCAUGACCAGACGCAAGAACAAGAGCAUGGACGGGAACAGGUGAAUGGCAAACCCGAUGGAGGGAGCGAGAAGGGUGCGGCUUCUGAGGCAGCCAGCUCAAAGACAGGAGCUACAUCGGCCGUCAAUGCAUCAGAGGAUCGCGACCAGCAAGACGCUGCAAACGCUGCACAUAACAACUCGACAGCCAACGCAACUGUUGGUACUCGUCGACAGGCAAACGGCACAAUUGGCAGCGUCUACUCCGGCAACAAGAUCCGCCAUCUCAAGAAAGACGACGGUAUUCCGCUCUGGCGAAGGGAUAUCCAACAUCGCUUUUUACGGAUGGUGUUCGAGGAUACUACGCCUGUAUUCACUCGGCUUUCGGAUGGGAAGGGUGGACUGAGCUUUGCGGAUGUAUAUAUCGACGCCAUGGCGAAGAGUAGCAAGACCAGCAAGGUGUUGAAGGAUAAAUUGAUCAGUGACAAACCUGCGGCUAUCAACAUGGCCAUGGUCUGUCUACUGGUUAAUUUUGGGAGGAUGAAUACCACCCUUAACUUCUUCCCUGAAAUGCGCGCACAGCUACGAACAUACCACUCCAUCCCUUCACUCCAGGCCCACCAGGAUUCCAGCGCAUACAAGCAGCUCCAAGACGCACCUCGUCUCAAAUCGAUCCUCAAGGGUGCUUCCGAAGAUACCGAACAACCUAAUACCAUCGAGAAACUAAAGGAGACUCCAGUCCCGCGCACCAAUCCCGUCAACCUCAUAUUCGUACUAACUCAAUACGCACCUAAAAUAUCGGAAAUUCACUUCCAUUCGCCGCACGACUUCUUCGACCUGGUCAUGCGUGCCACGUUGAGUAGUAAGAGUCGUGCCACGGCGUUCCUGUGGCUGAUGUGGUUUUAUCUAGAGAGUGAUUUCUCUGAUGAAGCGGCACUGAAUAACCCCUUUGGCCCUGGGGUGGUUGGCGAGGGCACCGAAGGCUCGCCGUUGAAGAUUCCUCAGCUGGAAGAUUUGACGGAGGAAGAAGCCGAUGCGGAGAAUGUCGAUACCCAGGAUGAGAUUCUGUAUGGAGAGGAGAAGCAAAAGGAACGCAAGAGAAUACUUGAUGACGACGAUAUCGUCUCUCGAAGCAAGCGGGUUAAGAAGGACAAUGUGAUGAGUGAUGACCAGAUGUCUGCCGAUAUCCCUACGAGCGGCACUCCUUCUCAUACUGGUCGAGAGAAACAGUCGAGCUUCUUCACGCCUCUUAAUCAAAAACGUCCAGCACCAGGCGACGACGAAGACGAAGAGCUACAUACUCCAGUCCAAAGCUUGAGAUCACGGAAUAAACGCAAACGAGACUCAUCUGCCACUCGCUCAGCGACCAACGCUGGACGAACCCGUAUUGUCCUGAAAACCAAAAUGGACCAAACUCCCGACGCUUCCUCACCCGCACCUCCUGGCUCUAGCCAUCCCGUCCUCCACCAAUUUGGCGCUGGCUCGCCCGCACCAGGACAGACACCAUCAUCUUCUCGCCGCCCUCGACCGCUAACGCAACACCAACUAGCUAUAGAGCAGAACCGCCGGCAACGCGUAGACUACAUCCUUGCCCAACGCCGUGCAGAGGAAUACAGCAAAGCUCGCCAUCUCAGAGAACAGGGAUCCCGUCUCAUCCGUGCCGGUCGACUCCUUCAAUGUCUCCCGGCGGACUACGACACUGACGACGACCACUCCUGGGGUAAAGGCGGCCUAUGUCUGAACCCAAACGCUCAGCAGGAAGACUAUGGCGAGUCAGGGAGCUACUACCUCUCCGUACUGAAGAAGGUGGCCCGACGCAUGCAUCGAUGGGACUGGCAGGCCAUCGCCUCGGGGGAUAAGGACAUUGGGCCGAAUGGGCUAUCAAACGACUAUAACCUCGGGCUAGGGAACGCGAGCGCCAACGGCGGUAUGGGCGAAGAGGAAGAAGCUGAGCCCGCCGCUCCUCCGCCCCCUAAGAGCGGCAGGGGAGGCAGAAGAGAUCGCAAAUCUAAUGCUGAUAAGCUGUCGACGCCGGACCCUAACCGACUCGCUGCACCUACGCCGACUGGUAAGAGGCAGUAUAUUCGCCGCAAGCCGCUACCUGAACGCAAACCGGCCGGUGAGGGGGGUAGGAAAAGUCGUGGAGGGAGAUCAAAGGCUGCCACUGCGGCUGCGGCUGCAGCAAAGACUGAUGCAGCUACUAACAAGACGCUGGCUAUCAAGCAGGAAGCGAGUGCUGCUGACCCAGAUCAUGAACCCAGAUCUGGAGCCAUUGCCGCGCCAUCCGCCAUCACUGCUGCUGCCGAUGACAAGACCUUCCCAGCCUCGAUAAACGGCCACCACGACUCCGAUGAUUCGACAGAGGAAGAUGUCGUUGCCACCGCCCUGGCUGCCGCAGCUGAUACGCCAGACACAAACGGGUAUGCAGACGAGCGCGGACGUGGACGUGAUCGUGAACAUGUAGACAAGGACGGCGACGAGAUUAUGGCUCAGGGUUAG